UUUGCAUCUUUAUAUUCCUGUCAGGGUUGCCCCCAUUAGGAACCCCCCACCCAGCGCAGCUAGCCGAUCAUAUUCCAUUUGGGAUGAGAAAAAGGAGCCACCUCCGCACCCACUCCUGCUUCCCAAUUCUCCUCCAGAUUCCAAUCCUUCCUCCGGAUACACCGUGAACUUGGACAUAUAUUUUCAUAUAUAGAGAGAGGGAUAGAUAGAUAGUUUUUGGCCAGCAGCAGGAAGUUUCCAUGGCUCGUGGCGGUGUGAAUAUUUGCUCAGGUCGCAAUUAGCCGCUCCUAGCUGCUGGUGAUCAUAUGCGUACGGUUAACACUCCAACUUCGAAGAACCAGGCCAAGAAGAUUAGGCUGCACGACCGCUACUGCGACGGGAUGAUGCCGCUGUGCAACCCGAGCUCCGAGGCGAGGCAGCUUUCCGCAUCCUCCACCGGACUCCCGACGUCGCACCAGGAACUGUUCAUGAGCGCCGGGUUUCAGCAGCAGCAGCAGCACCACGGCGGGGCAGGCGCCGGCUGGGCGCGCGAGGAGUACUACGCGGCGCCGCAGAGGUCGGCGUUCGCGCAGCGCUGCGUCGGCUCAAGCACGGCGGCGUUCUACGCGGCCGAGCAUCUGCUCGGCAUCGGGCAGUUCGACGGCGCUCCACUCGGGAUGCUCCCGCCGGCGGCGACGAUGAUGCCCGCGGUGGCGGCCAGGACGCGGCCGGAGAGCGGCGACAUGUACAUGUCGCACGAGCUCGACCCGGUGAUGCUCCGCGCGGACCAGUCGCCGUCCGUGAGGACGUACUACGUGAGGCCGCAGCAGCGGCGGGACCCGGUAGAGCUGGAGCUGCCACUGCUGGCACCGCAACCGCAGCAGCAAGAAAGCGCGCACCAUGGCCUGUUCGGCAACGCCCCCGCCAUCAAACCGCACUCGUUCUCACCCCAUGUCCCGUCGAUGGAGGCGCCGAGCAGCAGCAGCUUGCUGAGCCAGAUGGAGAGCCACCUGUCCGCCAGGAGCAGCGUCGGCGCGCCGGCGACCCCCACCGGCACCGGCAGCGUGUCAGCGCCUCCGGCGCCGCCGCCGCCGAGCAAGACUCGGAUCCGGUGGACGCCGGAGCUGCACGAGCGGUUCGUGGACUGCGUGAGCAAGCUCGGCGGCGCGGACAGGGCGACCCCGAAGGGGAUCCUGAAGCUGAUGAACUCGGACGGCCUCACCAUCUACCACAUCAAGAGCCACCUCCAGAAAUACCGUAUGGCCAAGUACAUGCCGGCACCAUCUUCAUCGUCGUCGUCAUCCGAAGGGAGGCAGCACGAGAAGAGGGCCGCCGGAAGCGACACCCAGCAUGAACUGGACCCGAAAACUGGGAUGCACAUCACGGAAGCACUCCGCGUCCAGCUCGACGUGCAGCGCCGCCUCCACGAGCAGCUCGAGAUACAGCGGAAGCUGCAGGUGAGGAUCGAGGAGCAGGGCAAGAGGCUGCAGAAGAUGUUCGAGGACCAGCUCAACGCCAGCGGCAACACCGGGCCGGCCGCCGGCCCGGACGUCGUCCUCUUCCCGCCGGCGGCGGAGGUGCCGAGCCACCAAGAGGAGGAUGCCGUGUUCGUCGACGUCAUCGACGAUGACGACGAGGUGCAGAUAAUCUCCGUCGCCAGCGGCAGCUAUGACGACGACUUAGCCGCCUUGUAAAAACUGCGGAUGCUCUGUAGUGAUCCAGGCCUUUGAUUCGGCCAAUGUUGUUUGUUCUAGUUUUCUCUUUCUUUUUUGUUUCUUUCUUUCUUACGGCGGUGAUGUGUUAGGUUUCGAUGUGUCUAUAACAACGAUGGUUGUGUGCAUUGAUCGAUGCAGAGGUCAGGGUCUUGCUCAUUUUCGAGAGAUAAAAAAAGGGCAUCAUUCUAUA